AAGACCAACCUUAUCUUGUAUUUGUAUCCAGACUGGCCUGAAAUGUGGUUUAAGAACAUGUGCAUUCAUUUGGGCUAGAAUGUGGUGUUGAUUAACCAGACUAAGGGGCUUCGGGAACAUUGGGGUGAUUAAGUGGAGGCUGCAAACUUCUCCACUGAGACAGACGGCUGGGAAGCAAACCUGUGGGAGUAGCAGAAGAAUGGGACAAAUCAAGACAUAUAACCACUAGGAGGUGGCUUUGGCCAUACAUGGCUGAUAACUUGGUAGCUUUGGCCAGCGGUCUGUCUGCUGUGCUUCUGUUUCUUUUGCUAAUUGUUCUGACAGUCUAUCUGUUGUGGAAGAAGAGGCAGGACCAGAGACAAUACCAACAACUGAUCAGCACUAACCCCACUAUUCCUCCAUGCACUACUGUUCUCCAAACUUCACACUCCAGCAGCUAUGGCUUGGCUGAAGUCCCCUUUUUUCUGCCACCAAGCUUCAAGAGAUCAGCCCACGUUGAAGAGAAUAAAGGGAGGGAGGAAGAAGAGCAAUGGGAGCACCAGCCGCAGCUUCACAACCAGCGAGGGUCUCUGACUAUAGGCAGCUGGUUUCCUCUGGGCAGCCUGAGGCCUGACCUGUACCGGCUGCCCGAGGAGCCCAGUGAGUGGGCAGAGCCGGGGGGCUCCAGCAUGCGGCUGCAGUACUGUCAGGAGAAGGAGCAGCUGGUGGUCACUCUGCUCCGAGCUGCUAACCUGCCUGCCCACUGCCAGGCCUGCACCACACUGAUCAAACUGCAGCUCCUGCCAUCUGAAGACCGGCGCCAGCGGCAGGCCAAGGCCCGGGGCAAAGGCUGCCAGCCGCAGUUCAACGACAGCUUUGUGUUUCAGGUGUCUAAUAUCAGUGUGGGCCAGUGUACACUGAGCAUGAGUGUGUACUGUGUGGACCGUCUGAAGAAGCACCACACAGUGGGCCGGGUUCUCUUCCCUCUCAGACUGUCUGAUCUCAGAGAGGCAGCAGGAAAAGUGCUGUGGAGGGACCUGGAGACUGAAAGUGAUUUGGCCCUGUCAAAGCAUGGCGAUAUCCAAGUGUCUUUAAACUACAACCAGUCCCUACAGCGCCUCACUGUGGUCGUUCUUAGAGCUCGAGGACUCCAGUGUUCCAGCAAUGCUGGUGUUUGUGUCCAGGUCUCUCUGCAGAUACACACUCAGGUAGUGAAGACAAAGUGGACUUCAGUAGCCAAAGGCAGUGAGCCCAUCUUUAACGAGAAACUGACCUUUAGGCUUCAUCCUCGGCAGCUAGAUACAACCUGUCUGAGCCUGGAGGUCCAGCAGCCUGCCACAGAGGAGCCCUCUGAAUGCCAACCAACUCCCAGAACCACAGCACCAAUGUCACUGGGGGUAGUGGUCAUUGGGCCAUUCAUGUAUGCCAGAGGCAGGGAGCUGGAACACUGGACCGAAAUGGUGAGCAAGUCACAUGAGCUGGUGAAGCAGUGGCACGGCCUGGGAGCAGCUAAUGCCAUUCACAGUCCAACCUGAACCACACAGUUCACGCACACAAUGACCACAGUAUCUUUAUUCACAAAUCUACUAUUUCUAAAAGAGGACAAUGCUUCCUAUUCUUCAUUAUCUGCACAAGAUACACUUUACACGUUUUAUAUAAGGCAGU